UAUCAUAGUAAAUUUGUUUGAAGAGGGGAUGGGAUACAUUCAUUGCUAUUGCUCAUGAUAUACAUCUUAUACAUUUACUAUAGGACCAAAACCAACCGUGUUCCAUUUCUCUCGGAUCGCUGUUGCAGUCAUUUCUUCUCAUAUGAAAGUUCAUACUGGUUUAUACUCUACUUAUUAGGAUAGAGCUCAAUGUUAGUGUUAAAUUUCUCAGAUUAAGGUUAGGUGAUUGAAUUGUUGUUUUGUAUUUUGUACCCACACAUCAUUAUAUUAUCAUAUAACACGUGACAAUUAAAUAUUUUUGAAAAUGAAUGAACAAGAAUUUGAAGGCACUGAAAACAUGCAUAUAACAGAGAUCAAGCGAGUUCUGUCACGUUUUAAAUCAGAUAAGGGUGAAGUAUUACCAGGAGGCUUGCUUGAUUUGCCCAUAAAUAUUACAGUAGAUAAGUUACAAGCAAUUUGUAAUGCACUUCUGCAAAAUGAAGAACCAAUACCCUUUGCCUUUUAUGUAAAUGAUGUUGAGAUAACUGAUACUUUGGAAAGUAAUAUUAAAGAAAAUUUUACCAUUAGUGAGGAUGUUAUUGAAAUCGUAUAUCAGCCACAAGCAAUUUUUAAAGUUAGGUCAGUUACAAGAUGUACUGGAACGCUGGAAGGUCACAAAGAAGCUGUAAUAUCAGUUUCUUUCUCACCUAAUGGAACAUGUUUAGCCAGUGGAUCUGGAGAUACAACAGUCAGAUUUUGGGAUAUAUAUACACAAACUCCAUAUUAUACUUGUGAAGGUCAUAAGCAUUGGGUAUUAUGUAUAUCAUGGUCUCCAUGUGGAACUAAACUUGCUUCUGCAUGUAAAAAUGGAACAAUUUUGUUAUGGGAUCCAAAAACAGGAAAACAAAUAGGAAAACCAAUGUUAGGACACAAAAUGUGGGUGACUUCUCUAUGUUGGGAACCAUUUCAUAAGAAUCCAGAAUGUCAGUAUUUGGUCAGUGCUUCCAAAGACUGUGACCUAAGGAUAUGGGAUGUUGUACGUUCACAAACGAUUCGUACUCUUUCUGGUCAUACCAAGAGUGUAACAUGUGUUAAAUGGGGAGGAAGAGGUCUUAUUUAUUCCGCUUCUCAAGAUAGGACUAUCAAAGUUUGGAGAGCUGAAGAUGGAGUCUUGUGUAGGACUUUAGAAGGUCAUGCACACUGGGUGAACACUUUAGCAUUGAAUGCAGAUUAUAUACUUAGAUGUGGACCUUUUCAUCUUGGAAAGAAUCAAACGAAAAAUGAGAGUCCUGUAGAAUAUGCAAAGAAAUGUUAUGAAUCUAUAGGUGAAGAAGUACUUGUUUCUGGUUCUGAUGAUUUUACUUUAUUCCUCUGGAAACCAGAAAAGGAAAAAAAAUCUAUAGCAAGAAUGACUGGACAUCAGCAAUUAAUUAACGAUGUGAAAUUCUCUCCAGAUAGUCGUAUAAUUGCAUCAGCUUCAUUUGACAAGUCUAUAAAGCUAUGGGAGUCGAACACAGGAAAAUAUAUAACUUCAUUAAGAGGUCAUGUACAGGCAGUAUAUUCAAUCUCAUGGAGCGCAGAUUCUCGCUUACUUGUUAGCGGCAGUGCAGAUUCUACAUUGAAAGUUUGGAGCUUAAAAACAAAAAAGCUGUGUUAUGAUUUACCUGGUCACGCGGAUGAAAUCUAUGCGGUAGACUGGUCACCGGAUGGAUUACGUGUUGCAUCUGGUGGUAAAGACAAAGUUUUGCGACUUUGGCAAAAUUAAAUGAUGUAUGUAAGAAUAAACAAUUUUUACAUGGUUUGAAA